AUGAAGCAGGUGGCUUUUUGGACAAGCCUCGAACUCAGUUGCCGUCUGCUGGGGGUCAGCACUGGAGCAGUGCUCGUUGGGGUGGGCGCCCAGACGCUGCUGCGGGGACAGUUCAAAAGCCUGGCCGUCUACUUGCUUUUUUCAGGAGCCACCAUUUUGGUAUAUGAAGCCGCCUACUUCGCCAGCCUCCUCCUAGCAGCCUGCUCAGUCCUCCCAGUGGUAUUUACAAGGCACCCUUGCUGGAAGGAAGUCCGCCGCUGCAGGCCCUUCCAGAAGUUCCUGGCCUACGUGCUGCUGUCGGUAGCUUGCUUCCUGCACCCCGUGCUUGUCUGGCACGUCACAAUCCCAGGAACGAUGCUGGUUCUGAGUGGCCUGGCCUAUUUCCUGCUCAGCAAGAAGCACAAAGAAACCGCAGCAAAUGGGCCAUUGGGCCAGUACAGCGACAGCUGCCCCGCAUCCACAGCCGAGACGAGCCCAGAUGACACGGAGCAGACGUACACCUUCCUCGGAGGAUCACGCAGAGGGCCACGGGGCUCCCUCCUCUCGUACGCACGGAGCAUCCUCACAGGUCUCCGGAGCCAGGAAGGUGCGGUGAACUCUCCCGACGUACUGACGACAAGGAGGCAGGGGCGCUUUGGGGAGAAGGCGGUCAGCAUUGUCCUCUCCGUCCAAGACAACGCCGGGAGCCUGGCUCAGGAAAGCACAUCCGACACGGCCCCCAUCCUUGGCCCCACGGCUGCGACGUCCCCAUAG